AUGAUCAGAUUCUGCAAAAGCUGCUUUUUCAUCCUCAGCUUUUGCGUCCUGCUUCUCCUAGUCCCUCGUCGGGCGGCCGCCCUGAGCAUCGACCUACCCAGCAUUAAUCAGACAGCCAAGGCGAUCCUGAAUGUUUCCGGCAACGCCUCUAUCUCGAAUGAUGGCCUCGAUCUCACCAAAGACACCUACUAUGCCGCUGCUAUGGGCGAUAACUGCGGCCAGGCGGUAUACAAGGAGCCCCUCCAUCUCUACGACAACGCCUCUGGCGAGGUAAUCAGCUUCACCACCCACUUCUCCUUCCUCAUCUACUCCCCUGACCGUUACGCCGACGGCAUUACCUUCUUCCUCGCCCCUGUCGGCACCUCCAACUUCACCAACGGCUCAGCCAUCGGCCUUCCCCUCAAACAACACUCCUUCGUCGCCGUGGAGUUCGACACUUUCCCCAAUUACGAAUGGGACUCACCGAAUUUCAGUUAUUCACACCCCACACACGUGGGUAUCAACGUCCACAAUAUGAGUUCUGUUAAGUUUUCAAAGUGGGACACCAAUAUAUCCAACGAGAAUGUGCGUUAUGAAGCAUAUAUUAGUUAUGGUUCUGGAUCGAGAAUUUUCGGUGUCAAUUACUCAAACUUUGUUAAUGGCUCCACUUUCUUCAGCAGCAUCCAGUACUUGAUCGAUCUGAGGGAUUACUUGCCAGAACGAGUCAUCUUUGGCUUCACGGGCGCUACAGGGCUCCAUUUUGAGAAAAAUACUAUCAUGUCCUGGCAAUUUAACUCGACCACUUUGCGAGUCGACGAAAAGGGGAAGAAAAAUAAGCGGAAGAAAAAUAAGGCUUCAGUGCUUCUUCAAGCUGCAGAUGCGAGGUUAGCCGACGAUUUUGGUCAACAGGAGAUGGAAAGGUUGAUGAUCGUGGGGCUCUGGUGCGCUCACCCAGAUUAUAGUCUCGGCCUUCAAUUAGGCAAGCGAUUAAUGUGCUCAAUUUUGAAGCUCCACUUCCUGUUCUCCCUGCAAAGUUGCCUGAACCGACGUAUUUGGCUCCCGCACUUUCGCUCCCCCUCUACUCUGACACCGGUUCCUCCGAGAGCAGCCAAGGCCAGUCGUCGAGUUAUACUCACAACACAGGCUCCUCACACUUCAGCUCGGCAUCAGCAGCCUCUUCUUUAG